GCUUUGCGCUCAGUGGUCCCUUAUUCUGGGCUAGUCACAGACUCUUAAUAUUCACUGCGCAUGCGCGAAGUCUUUCUUUUCCGGCAGCGACCAUGGCGGGUGAAGAAGUGAAGAAGAAGGUCCCUUCAGUUCCAGAAAGCCUUUUGAAGAAAAGGAAGGCUUUUGCUGAUAUAAAGGCCAAACGUCUGAAGAGGCUGUUGGUUCAAAAGAAGUUACGAAAGGAUGAGCGAAAACUUAUCUAUAAAAGAGCUCAGACCUACCACAAAGAGUACAGGCAGAUGUACCGACGUGAGAUUCGCAUGGCCCGAAUGGCCCGCAAAGCUGGCAACUACUAUGUACCUGCUGAACCUAAACUGGCAUUUGUGAUCAGAAUCAGAGGAAUUAAUGGUGUUAGUCCCAAAGUUCGCAAGGUACUACAGCUUCUUCGCCUGCGGCAAAUUUUCAAUGGCACAUUUGUGAAACUGAACAAAGCAUCCAUUAACAUGCUGAGGAUUGUUGAACCUUACAUUGCAUGGGGUUAUCCCAACUUGAAAUCUGUGCAUGAGUUGAUCUACAAGCGUGGUUAUGGCAAGAUCAAUAAACAGCGUAUUGCUUUGACAGAUAACUAUCUCAUCAAGAGAUGCUUGAAAAAGCAUGGCAUCGUUUGCGUGGAAGACCUGAUCCAUGAAAUCUAUACUGUUGGCAUAAACUUCAAGGCAGCGAACAACUUUCUCUGGCCAUUCAAGCUCUCUUCUCCACGGGGUGGAAUGAACAAGAAAACUAUCCACUUUGUAGAAGGUGGUGAUGCAGGAAACAGGGAAGACCAGAUUAACAGGCUCAUAAGGAGGAUGAAUUAAUGGGGCCUGGAAGAUGACUUCUUUAUCCAUUGUUAAUAAAAAAGACACUUCUGUGAAA